AUGCUGCUCACCGAUUGGUCGGUCUGGGUGAUGAUCACAGAGGGGACAGGGGAGUCAGGGGGGGUCUCCGAGACUCUGGAAGAGCGGCGUAGAGGGGGGUGUCGGCUGCUGUCGCGGGACAGGGACUCUCUGGCUUUCUGCGGACAAAAGAUAAGUGUUAAAGGGUGGGGGGGGGGGGGGGGGGGGGGGGGGGGGGGGGGGGGGGGGGGGGGGGGGGGGGGGGGGGGGGGGGGGGGGGGGGGGGGGGGGGGGGGGGGGGGGGGGGGGGGGGGGGGGGGGGGGGGGGGGGGGGGGGGGGGGGGGGGGGGGGGGGGGGGGGGGGGGGGGGGGGGGGGGGGGGGGGGGGGGGGGGGGGGGGGGGGGGGGGGGGGGGGGGGGGGGGGGGGGGGGGGGGGGGGGGGGGGGGGGGGGGGGGGGGGGGGGGGGGGGGGGGGGGGGGGGGGGGGGGGGGGGGGGGGGGGGGGGGGGGGGGGGGUGGGGGGGGGGGGGGGGGGGGGGGGGGGGGGGGGGGGGGGGGGGGGGGGGGGGGGGGGGGGGGGGGGGGGGGGGGGGGGGGGGGGGGGGGGGGGGGGGGUGGGGGGGGGGGGGGGGGGGGGGGGAGGGGGUUGUGGGGGUGGUUGGGAGGUGUGUGGGAUGGUUGUUGGGUUGGGGGGGGUGGGGUUGGUGUGGUGGGAGGGGGGAGAGGGGGUGGAGGGGUUGGGGUUGGGGGGGGAGGUGGGUUGGAGGUGGGUGAGGUGGGUGAGGGGUGUGGGGGUGGGGGGAUGGUGUGGGGGGUGGUGGGGGGUUGAAGUGUGGGGUGGGGAUGAGGGUGGGGUGGUGGGGUUGGGGGGAGGAGGGGAUUGGUGGGGGGGAUGUGUGAGUGGGUGGGGGAGGGGGUGGGGGGGUGGGGGGUGGGGUGGGAGUGUGGGAUGGUGGUGUGGUGGGGAGGGGGGGGUGGGUGGGGGUGUGGGUGGGGGAGGAGGUGAAAGCCAGAGAGUCCCUGUCCCGCGACAGCAGCGCGACAACCCCCUCUACGCCGCUCUUCCAGAGUCUCGGAGACCCCCCCUGACUCCCCUGUCCCCACUCCAACCCCCAACGCCCCCUCAGAGCGAGUCCACGGCCCGCGAGCUGGCACCAGGAGCCCGUCCCGGGGCCGCACCAGGAGCCCGUCCCGGCACCGUCCGUGGAGGCCCCGCCUCCCGGUUUUCACUCCCGGCUAAAGACUCAUACGUUGAUAUGGAGCAUGAUGUGGAGAGUUUGUUGGUGUCGGAGCAGGACUUGGCUGAGAGUCUAAAAGAUUUUGCAUCCGAGGAAAGCCUGCAGUUUGAAGACGAGGCAAACAACAACGUCACUUCCUGUUGGUCCGACUUAGACCUGUCUUCGUCCGGCGCUUCGGACACGCUCCACCGACACAAAGGCGACAGAAUGUCGGAGCGCGUCGACGAGAUUUGGAACGACUUAGAAAAUUACAUCAAGGUCAAUGAGAAAAAACCUGUCCGUCUUCCCGCGGCUUUUCCAGUGAACAAAUCGCCGAAGAAGAAGCUGACGAGUAAAAGUCUGUGUCAAACCUGUAGUCCUCCUUCAAGAAAGCCUUCCACGGUCAGUAUCCCAGUCCUCACCGUCCCCGAUAUCGAAGUCACAGCUGAAGAAGAGGUCGCUCAAACAUCUACGACACCUGAGCCACAGCCCGGAACAGUCACGAGUCUCCGGAACAGACUGGUGCGGCUCAGCAGUGGGAGUUUCCGGCUGGACGAAGACGAUGACCUCGUCGAGCUCUCGCCCAAAUCUCCAUUGCCAAAAGACCUGUUGUUCCCCGGUGAACUGGCAAGUCUGGAUCUGCCGCUAGCUUCCAGUUCGCUGCUGUUGGGAGAUUCUGCAGACUUUUCGUCGGAGCUGGACAAAAGCAGGAGCAGAGUGUUCCUGAUGGCCCGUCAGUACAGUCAGAAGAUCAAAAAGGCCAAUCAGCUUCUGAGGAUGAGGAGCAUGGAUCCUGGGGACACCUGCCCUCGAGCCAGAGCAGAGAAGAAACAGAAAGACCUGGCAGCCAUCUUGGAGGAGAAGAAACAAGGAGGUGCAGCGAUAGGUGCUCGGAUAGCAGAGUACUCCCAGCUGUACGACCAGGUCUUGUUCCCUCCAGGCUCCCCCUUUGGUCCCCCCCCCCCUGCCUCCCCCUCUCACCCCCACCACCUGUCCUCCUCCCCCUCUCACCCCCACCACCUGUCCUCCUCCCCCUCUCACCCCCACCACCUGUCCUCCUCCCCCUCCCUGCCUGAGACUUGCUCCGAUCAGGACUGGCUCCACUCCACUUACAGCAACCGUGAACUCGCCAGCUUCAUGACGUCCUCCACCCCCCUCCGCCCUCCCCUCCCCCCAAGCCCUGCCCCUAAAGCCUUGCCCGCUGCCCCUAAAGCCUCGUCCACUGCCCCUAAAGCCUCGUCCACUGCCCCUAAAGCCCCGCCCGCUGCCCCUAAAGCCUCGUCCACUGCCCCUAAAGCCUUGCCCGCUGCCCCUAAAGCCCCGCCCGCUGCCCCUAAAGCCCCGCCCGCUGCCCCUAAAGCACUGGCCCCUCCCUCCCAGCGCUGGAGCUCGUGUGUGUCGGCCCAGUGUGAAGAAGAGGACCACGUUUACAGCACGAUAAAGAGACACUCUUCUUUCAACACGACUCUGUUCGCUCGGGACCAGCCCAGAUCUGAGACCAAGAAAACCAACAGAUGUUCUGGACACUUCCCGAGUCUGGGACGGACCGGACGCCAUCACAGCCUCCCGGAAAGUUCAGACAUCACAGACGGGAAACAGGUCCAGCUGCUGAACCGUAACUCUGCGCUCAGCAUCUUUGCCGCAACGCAGAACUAUCUCGUCAAUUUCAAAGACCACGGCGAGGACGAUGACGACUACGUGGAGAUCCGCUCUGAGGACGAAACUGAGCCGGACCCGAACCCCAAAUUGGAACAGCGUCCGCCCAGAGGCCUAUCGCACAGUCUCCCUGGAACGCCGGUCCGCACCUGCGAGUCUCUGAGUGCUCUGCAGCGCCACCACCUGGAGAAGUACCUGUGGACCGAGCAGCCCAGGAUGGUCCAGCCCAGGAUGGACCAGCCCAGGAUGGACCAGCCCAGGAUGGUCCAGUCGCUGAGGGAGAAGCUGCAGUGUCUCAGCUCCAGUAGCUUUGCCUGA